AUGACAGUUUUUCGAAUUCAUUUAAUGAGAUAAUGCGCUCUGAUUUCCGGACUUUUGCAUAUUCAAUCCGCAAAAGUUGCAAUUUUUAGGCUGUGCGGGUCGUCAUGAAAGGUUCCUGACGGUGAGGACAAGGUUCCUGACGGAGAGGACAAGGUCCCUGACGGUGAGGACAAGGUUCCUGACGCUGAGAACAAGGUUCCUGAUGGUGAGGACAAGGUUCCUGACGGAGAGGACAAGGUUCCUGACGGUGAGGACAAUGUUCCUGACGCUGAGAACAAGGUUCCUGAUAGUGAGGACAACGUUCCUGACGCCGAGGACAAGGUUUCUGACGGUGAGGACAAGGUUCUUGACGCUGAGAACAAGGUUCCUGAUAGUGAGGACAAGGUUUCUGACGGCGAGGACAAGGUUUCUGACGGUUAGGACAAGGUUCCUGACGCUGAGGACAAGGUUCCAGACGGUGAGGACAAGGUUCCUGACGCCAAGGACAAGGUUCCUGACGCUGAGGACAAGGUUCCUGACGCUGAGGACAAGGUUCCUGACAGUGAGGACAAGGUUGCUGACUGUGAGGAAAAGGCUCCUGAUUGUGAGGACAAGGUUACUUACGCUGACGACAAGGUUCCUGACGCUGAGGACAAGGUUCCUGACGCUGACGCAAGGUUCUUGACAGCGAGGACAAGGUUGCUGACGGUGAGGAGAAGGUUCCUGACGCUGACGCAAGGUUCUUGACAGUGAGGACAAGGUUGCUGACGGUGAGGACAAGGUUCCAGACGCUAAUGAAAAGGUUCCUGACGCUGAGGACAAGGUUCCUGACGCCAAGGACAAGGUUCCUGACGCUGAGGACAAGGUUCCUGACGCUGAGGACAAGGUUCCUGACAGUGAGGACAAGACUGCUGACUGUGAGGAAAAGGCUCCUGAUUGUGAGGACAAGGUUACUUACGCUGACGCAAGGUUCUUGACAGUGAUGACAAGGUUGCUGACGGUGAGGAGAAGGUUCCUGACGGUGAGGACAAGGUUGCUGACGGUGAGGACAAGGGUCCUGACGGUGAGGACAAGGUUCCUGACGCUAAUGAAAAGGUUCCUGACGCUGAGGACAAGGUUCCUGACGCUGAGGACAAGGUUCCUGACAGUGAGGACAAGGUUGCUGACUGUGAGGACAAGGUUCCUGAUUGUGAGGACAAGGUUACUUACGCUGACGACAAGGUUCCUGACGCUAAGGACAAGGUUCAUGACGCUGACGACAAGGUUCCUGACAGUGAGGACAAGGUUGCUGAGGGUGAGGAGAAGGUUCCUGACGGUGAGGACAAGGUUCCUGACGUUGAGGACAAGGCUCCUGACGAUGAGGACAAGGUUCCAGAUGCUGAGGACAAGGUUCCUGACGUUGAGGAGGUCCCUGACUGUGAGGACAAAGAUCCCGACGGAGAAGAUAAGGUUCCUGACGCUGAGAACAAGGUUCCUGACGCUGAGGGAAAGGUUUCUGUUGCUGAGGACAAGAUUCCUGACGGUGAGGACAAAGUUCCUAACGCUGAGACAAGGUUCCUGACGCUGAGGACAAGGUUCCUGAGGCUGAGAACAAGGUUCCUAACGCUGAGGACAAGGUUCCUGAACCUGAGGACAUGGUUUCUGAGGCUGAGGACAAGGUUCCUGACGCUGAGGACAAGGUUCCUGACGGUGAGGACAAGGUUGCUGACGCUGAGGACAUGGUUCCUAACGCUUAG